AUGAAAUACGUUGCAAAAGAGAAGGGUUCCUACCCUAUAUAUAACAAUCCACACGAGUCGUUAGUCUCACUAGUUCAAUAUUUCCCUAGCAGAAGUGAUUCAUCAAAACUUCAUUUCAACACCAUGACGUCUCGACAUGUAGAAAUCACUGUUAUCUCAGCAGAAAAUCUGCAAUCAAACCGAAAACCCUUUAAGAAAAACUCCUUCGUUACUGUGCGGACUGACGCUGCCGUAUCCACCUCCAAGUUGUACCGGACGGCGGAGACUGACUGCGAAGGCAGCGGUCCAAGGUGGAACGAGAAGAUUGAGGUCGAACUUCCGGCGCAGGCUAGGAAUCUGAUAUUGGAAGUACAAUGCAAGAACGGUGCAAGGACGAUCGGAGCGGCUAGCAUUCCGGUGUCGGACUUCAUCGGCGGGUGGGUGCCUGAGAACUACUUGCAUUUUCUGAGUUAUAGGUUGAGGGAUGAGAGAGGUGUGAGGAAUGGGAUUAUUAAUAUCUCGGUGAGGAUGAAGGUUCCGGAAGGUUUGAUGUCGACGUACGCGAGGAAGGUGACGAGUGGGUUUGCUACGACGUCGUCGCAGACCAAGGUGGGGUAUCCGGCGGUGGAGAACAGUGGUGUUGCAACUGGGGUUCCGCUGAAUUGGAAUAGCUAUCCUCGAGUUCAAUAUUAGCAUUUAGUUGUUCUUAUUGCAUCACAAUAUGACAAAACUGGUCAUAAUAUAUAUAUAUAUGUUCCAAAUUUGUCUCUCUGUUUUUUUUUUUCGGUUACAUCCAAAUUUGUCUCGUUAAUGCAACGGUAGGCAACACCCUCAUGCUAAUUUGGAAAUCAAAGAAGGAUUCUCAAUCAAAGUAUGGUCGAGAGGAAAAGAUUCGGAAAAGUACUAUUAAUAUUUCAAUAAAUGUGACAAUAAUACACAUUUUGAUA